CACUGGUCUGUAUAAUACAGGCAUUUAAAAUGAAAGUAUUUGACAGGCCUAUAGCCCUGUAUCAUGUUUAUGCUUUAUAUUAGUAUGUCUAAGUAUUUCAGCAUACAUUUAAUGUACUAAUCUGGUAUCGGAUGAGAUCUGGCACUUGAUAUCAUGUGAUGUUGAGUCUCACUGAUGUCAAUGUCAAUUUGGACAGUUUGAGGUUUAUCACAAACACCAGCCAAGUGAAGUGAACACUGGACAUUUAGUUUUUUCAUCAUGGCAGCUGGCACAAUGUUUCUUUUUUACUUCUUUGCUUUGGGAGCUGUUUAUAGUAAUUUACAGCAGUUUCCCGGGUUAAUGGAGGUGCCGAUCGCUAGCGACAUUAAUCUCAACUGCCACAAAUCGGAUAUGUUGAUAUCUUGUGACCACAUUUCUUGGUUUAAAGUAUCCACAAGUACAAGAGAGAUGAAAGCAAUAACCGUUGUGAGGGAUCAUAAAAGCCACUCAACUGUGUCGCAUCCCAACAAUCAGAACCAAAUGUGCACUGGCAUCAUCCCUAAUGCCACCCUGAAGGACUCCGGCACUUACUAUUGCUUUGGAUUUUAUAGUGUUUUAUCUUAUAUUGGCAAUGGCACCAUCGUAGUUGUCAUGGAUCCCAAUGCCAACCCCUCCAUAACAGUGUUCAUAUCGGAGGACAACACCGGAGCAACUACUAACGAUAAUUACCCAUCCAUCAUCCCUCUCCAGUGUCUGGUGAUGGGGGUAGUUCACUCUCAAAUCCGCGUGGUAUGGAUGAUAGAUCAGAAAGAGCGCAUUGAAUGGACGGAGUCGAGCUGGACAGACGACAGCGAUUCUUCAACACAAUUCAUACGAGCUCAUGCCUCUGUUUCAGCUAAGGAAUAUACAACGGGUUUUGAAUUUAAGUGCAUCGUCGAAUUUAAUGGAAAGACAAUCUCCAAAAGUCUGCAAAUUAGAGGCUCAGAUUCAGCAUGCGCAUUGUUGCUGUACGCGGGCUCUGGAGCAGCUUUACUUAUCAUUACUGUAGCUGUGAUCGUAUUCGCUUACUCACGCCGAGGUCUAGCAGCAGGUGAACACACAGGCAUCCAUACGGAAGUGGUAUAUGCAGAUUUGGACCCAAUCAAAUUUCUGCAACACAGAACCGCAACAAUUCAGCCGAAAUUCGAUGAAAGCCUACAAAUGUAAACAUUCAGUUUUCACUUGAUUUAGGCAAUGACUUGUAUGUACUGUACAGGAAUUUUGGAUGGAAAGAAAAAUCAGUUGUAUUUCUUUUUUGUUUUGAGUGUAAAAAAAAAAUAGUGCAAAAGAAAAGAUUAUUCAAUGUCCUUUUUUGUCCGGAAGCAAAAUAAGGCCAUCCAACACAUUGGAUGUACAGUUGCCAUGUAAAUUAGUAAGUAAAUUGGUUGCCUGAGAGAUUCAGAGGGAAUUAACUGGAAAAUGAAUUAACUGAAUUAGCCAUGCCCACACUUUCCAAAACCCUGCAAUCCAAAAAUACCAAAUUAACUUUAUUGAGACCGACAUCAUGCAGAAACGGUUGUUAAAAACAGUAGCAAAAUAGCACCCUCAUCAAUAGCACCUUUUAUGAAUAGCAUGGCAUAAAAAUGGCAUUAAGACUCAAUAAUUUGCCUAAACUACAACACUAUGAGAACCCACAAAAUCAUUGACAGGUCGAAAACCUCAUUGCUCGUGGAUGGCAUACACAUUUUUAUUUGCUUUUUACAGUCUAGAGCUGCCACAGAGACAGGUGAGAUAUCUCAGGACUCCUAUUUCAUUAAUGUCUUUUUGCAUACCUUUUCAUAAAAAAAUUGCUUACAGCACAUUUAAGCAUGUUUAUCACUUUCACUAUUCUUCUUAGCAAAGGUAGUUAAAAAAAACUUUUAAAAAGGUUAACAUUGGAUAAGUUAUGCAUUAUAUGCUAUACUGAAAAAAAUGUUUACCUAAAAAUGUGCUUCAUUUGGUAACAUCUACAUUAACUGGUUUUGUUGAGUAAAAAUGUUAAUUAACUUCAACCUAAUUACAUUAGGUUACACAAACAAAACUAAUUUUAAGUUUAUUACCUAAGUUAGAACAGGGUAGAAUCAUCUCCUAAUUGUACAAAUUGCAGUUCAUCACUUUUUACAGUGUAAUUUGUCUUCGACAGUAAACAGUAUGUUUGAAAUUAUGUGCAUAUGCAUUUCAAUUGUGUGAAGGGUUGAAAAACCACAAUGUAUACUAACAAUAAAACGCGUGGGUAUCAUGAUGGCCUUUCUGUUCUUUUCUGAGCACUGUGUGGUUUGGCCAUAGUAAAAAAGUGCAUGAAUACAUACAGAGCAGGAUGUUAGAGAUGAGGGUGUACUAUGACAUAUACAUUCCUAAAGACUGCCAUGUAAAUAACUGCAUUGUUGUGGAUGUUAUGAUGUGUUGACCAAUAAAUGGGCUCACAUUUAUUUAAGGAAUAUAAUGAUUAAAAUGAUAUGUAUUCUUAAUGUAACACAGUAAACAAUAAAAAAAAAAAAUAAAAUAAUAAUGAGUCAGAAACUGAAGUGAAUUACAGCAAAGUCAAUAACACUGAGUACCUUAUUCCCAAAUUGGAGAAACAUUGCAUUCUGUUCAUUGCAUUUUGUUCAUUAGUA